AUGCCCGGAGGCCACAGCAAUGAAAACAAUCCGCGUCAUUCCGAACGUCAAGCUGUAGUCAAUACUGGGCCGGGAGUGCUGAACACGGGGUCUGGUCCGGCCAACGCAGGUCAUGGUACCCAGUAUAACAGCUCAGAUGUUCACAAUCACGUGGGCCAUAUCGUCAAUUUUUACAUGUGGCCCCCCAACUUUCCCCCUGACAUGGCUCAUGAUGACCAAAGCGCCUAUCAAAAUCCUCCAAUGGGUGCUUUCGUUGUACCUCCCUCUACCUCUUUUCCCGCACAGUACCCACAGCCUCAGGCUGGACGAGACACAUUCGCAAAUCUAGGACACCAGCAAGGAUAUUCUAGCGGUGGUCAUUUUAAAGCCAACAAUGCUACGGCCGGCGGCAACUUCCCUGGAACCCCAAACCCUUUUCAAGGCAGCAAGGCACCCCUUACCUACAUGGUAUCCGACGCCGUUGUGCAAAAAUGGAAACAUCUGCAGACUCAAGAUCCGGAAGUGGAUAACAUAGUCAAUCAUGUUAUCCAUGGAGUCGCUCCACAAGUCUACUACGCGAAAUAUGCACAGAUCUACCAAGAGCUGAUCGACCGCUGCAAUGCAGAGUGGCUGCAGGGCCAGGCUCCGGGUCAGCACCAGCAGCCUCAAGGACAGGCAGAGGCACGAACACAAGAGAUAGUUCAGAGCCACAAAGCCGUUGGGAACGAAUCGAAGCGUGGAGGUACUGAAAAGGCUACCAUAUGGCACGUAAACUUCAUCAACCACAUAGUCGAAUUUGCCAUCCGGAACGGCGUCGAGCAAGGCCGCCACGUCAAAGAUAUUGUAUGUACUAUCAUCCAGACUAUUGGCUCCUACAAUGUGGGCCGUCCUUACCCCGGUAGUCCUGAUCUCUUUGGUCCGUUGCUUGAAGUUGAGGCUUUGAUCCAAUGGUGCAAGGUACAGAAGUUGGAUAGGGGUGAUGCCCAGGCAUUGAUCUCUUCUGCAGCUAUCCAGAAAGGUUCUCAGCGUGCCCCAGGACUCCCCCUAAACCUCCUUCCGCAGAAGCUUGAGAACGAGAACGACUCCCAGCGCGACUCAAAGCGCAUGCAAGAUCGAAACCACAUCGCAAAGGUGAUUAAAUCUCAUGUUCGGGAUCGCACUAAAGAAGGCGAGGAGCUGGAAUCGAUCAAAGACCAGCUCAAGAAAGCUACCAAAUUUCAGCCUGGAGGCCCAAAGAACCGUAAUGCGGCCGAGCGUUUGGUACAAGGUCCUAUACAGUGGGCAUUGGAUCAACCCUACGGCAGGGGAGGGAAAGACAUCAGGACGUUGAUCAAACAGGAGGCAUUCAAGCUCUCCUAG